AUGCGCCUACCCAGCCCACUAUACCUCCUUGCAUUGGCUACUGCAGCAAUGGCCUGCAACCCGGUUCGGCGCGACAUCGACGGCUCUGAGACUUUCAUAAUCGGCACUGAUGGCCCAGCACCAGCCGCGACUCUAGGCUUCGCCUUCAACCACAUCGGCCUGGUGACCACCCACCUGGACGAGAUGAAGGCCUUCUACGGCGACAUCCUAGGCAUGCGUCUACUCUUCGACGCACACAUCACACCCGAAUACACAGUGACAUACAUGGGGUAUGCACAAGGCGGACGGAACGGGACAGGAUUCCAGAGCGGCGCUGAGCUAGCCGCCGCAAAAAAUAAUCUGUGGGGACUGUUGGAGUUGCAGCAGUUCAAUGUCUCGGAUGAUCGGUUGGUUGCGUCGACUGAGAGGACGAAUACGUUUGGACAUGUCGGGCUGGUUGUUCCUGAUAUUGCUGAGGCGGAGGAAUGGUUUAGGUCUCGGGGUGUGAAGAUAUUGAAGAGUGUGACUGAGCCGUUGGAGGAGUAUACAGGGGCAGUGCCUAAUGCUUUUGGGCUGGGGGAGUUUGCGGGGCUGCAUCUUGCGGCGAAGAAGGCGCUUAUUGAUGCGCAGGGGCUUAUUGGGUUGGAUCGGUUCUUGGUGAUUGCUGAUCCGGAUGGGAAUUUGGUGGAGAUUCAGCAGCAGGAUACUUAG